GGCGGCGGCGGCAGGGGAACCCGCUGGGGGUGGGGCGGGAGGGCGCUGCAGGGUGCGUGCGUCUUGCUCUGUCCUUCCUCGGGUCUCUGGUUGCACGUGUGCUGGGCUGCCCAAGAAAGAGCAAGAAUGGCGGAGACACCUAUGUGGGAGCAAGUUGGAACAAGUUUUGUGCAGCUCUAUUACCAGCGUUUUGAUACCAGCAGGGUAGAGCUAAGUGCUCUCUAUACAGAUGCUUCUUGCUUAUCAUGGGAAGGACAGCAAUUUCAAGGAAAAACAGCUAUCAUGGAAAAGUUGAUGAGUCUUCCAUUCCAAAAAAUUCAACACAGCAUAACAUCUCAAGAUCAUCAGCCAACGCCUGAUAACUGUAUACUUAGUAUGGUGGUUGGUCAGCUGAAGGUGGACAAUGACCCAGUGAUGGGGUUCCACCAGCUGUUUAUUCUCAAGAACAUCAGUGACAAUUGGGUUUGCACCAAUGACAUAUUCAGACUAGCCCUGUAUAACUUUGCUUGAAUUUUUUUUGUCUGUUUCUAUUGCCACACUCAAAUCUGACACAAAAAUAAAUUGUUCUAAAUUUG